GCACACAUAAAACUAUGCCUGUACAAUCACCCAUUGAAAUAAGUAAUCGCAUCAUUGAACAUAUCGAUGACAUUGAUCCUUUGGAAUACCAUGGUCAUUGGGAACCUGUAGGUAUAGCCCGCGUACAAAAUACCGGCACUUCAGCUGUGGUAACAUUUGGGAAACGCAAAUGUCUGCCAUACAUAGUUGGCGGCUGUCUCGGCCAAGCGAGAUUUAUAUUCGAACAAUUGCAUUUUCACUGGGCAGACACUGACGAUUCAGGAUGCGAACAUACGCUGGAAGGCAACAAAUACUCAAUGGAAGCUCACGCUGUACACUAUAAUGCCAAAUAUAAUAAUUUUACAGAAGCCAAAAGUAAGCCGGAUGGUCUGGCUGUGGUGGCCUUUUUUAUACAGGCUUGCGGUGAAAAAGAUUGUCCCGAAUUUAGGAAAAUCUCUGAAGGUAUACGAAUAGUACAAAGAAUUCACACCAGUGCCUCACUGGACUCGGAUUGUUUGUCUUGGAUAGGAUUACAAGAACUAAGCAAACAUUACUACACUUAUAAAGGAUCCCUAACCACGGCUCCCUAUUUUGAAACUGUUACUUGGAUAAUAUAUCGUACUCCAAUUUAUGUCUCUCGAGGACAGGUAAACGUCUUUCGCAAUUUGCAAUCCUGUCCGAAAGACGAAACCAAAAAAAUUGUUAGCAAUUAUCGCGAAAUUCAAAAAUCAGAAAAAAUUCCAGAAAUUUAUUUUGCGCGUAACGCCAAACCAAAGUCAAAAUUAUGAUUUAAUUAUUCUUUGAAAGGAAAAGAUUUUUUUGUUGUUGUAUAGGG